AUGAAGCUCUCCAAAAAGGCCUUGGCUAACAAGGUCAACUCCGUGCGUCCUUACAAGUCGCACACCAAGAGACCCUGCGACUUCUGCCGCCGCAGAAAAACUUGUUGUAUCAUCGAAAAGUCCAUCCCCUGUUUGGCGUGUGUUCAGUUCAACAAGGGCAAUUGCACUUUUGUCUCGGGCCCCUUGAAGAGGGUCAAGAGAAGUGACGCCAAGGAGGUGCCCGUGGUGGACUCCAAGGACGCUGCUGCGGCUCCUUUGCUUCCGGGCUACGACUAUCACGACCACGACCAUGACCAUGACCAGGCCUCCUCUGUCUCGUCUGCCUCCUCCUCCAAUUCCACCCAUACCCUCCAGCCGCCCCUCCAGACCACCGCCAGUGCGUUCCAGAGCAGCUUUGAGGCCAGUCUCAGCGGAAUGCAGAGCUCCAACGGCGCUCUAGGCUACGGAUACGACUCGCUUCCGGUCCAGAACUCCUUCCACAGUCCCCACCCGCUCUCCAACAGCUCCAACCUGGUACAGCUGUCUCCUCACACACCAGCAUACAGCUUCCAGACGAAAUGGGGCUCAGGGGACAGUGCUCAAAGCAUGGUGGUGAAUGGGCCACCGGGGCUGCGGCAGCUGAUGCUGAGCAACUCGAGCCUGCUAAGCAACAUGAGUACUGUCAGUGCCUUGAGCAUGGGCACGUACCAGACUACAUAUGACGAUGCCACCACCACGACAUUUCCUGGUUACACGGGUCUGACGGGGUGGACAGACACUAGCGACUACGACUCGUUUGUCAUGGAGCAGAUGCCGGAGGAGCUCAAGAGGGACUACCAGGCGCUGGUGCUGGGCGGGGUGUCUGGGUCUUUGAUGGCGCCUGUGCAGGUGCUGGGGUAUGACCACUACGAGGAGGCGUAUCCUGACCCUCUUGUUCAGAUGGAGUAG